AGUAGCAGUAGCCGCUUUAGCGGAGUCGGUGAUGGGCAGAGAGCGCGCGCCGCGCAGCAGCUCGGGAUCCACCGCCUUCCCCGCCCGCGGCUCCCUGCGCCCCCGCCGCCGCUAUCUCCACCUCGGUGUCCCCCGGCUCCAGUCCCGAGCCUAGGACAGCGCCGCCGCCGCCCGGCCCUGCCUGCCGCCUGCGCCGCGCAACCCUCGCGUGCGCCCGGAUGGCGCUUUUCUUCCAGGACCGGUUAAGGAUGUACUAAUUUAAGAAUUUUAAAAUACAGUGGAAUAGCAUUACAACGGUCUAUGUGCUUCCCAUGAUAUGUUCUCUAUAUUAAAAAAUUAUGACAUCAGCAUCCAAAGGAAUUCUUCGUCCAUUUUUAGUUGUCUGCAUUGUCCUGGGCUGCUUUAUGGCCUGUCUCCUCAUUUACAUCAAGCCCACAAACAGCUGGAUCUUCAGUCCCAUGGAGUCAACCAGCUCUGUGCUGAAGAUGAAAAAUUUCUUCACCACCAAAACAGAUUAUUUUAAUACAACUACCAUUCUGAUUUGGGUGUGGCCAUUUGGGCAGACCUUUGACCUCACCUCCUGCCAAGCCAUGUUCAACAUCCAAGGAUGCCACCUCACAACAGACCGGGCGCUUUACAACAAAUCUCACGCCGUUCUGAUCCAUCACCGAGACAUCAGUUGGGAUCUGACUAAUUUACCUCAGCAGGCGAGGCCACCGUUCCAGAAAUGGAUUUGGAUGAAUUUGGAAUCACCAACUCACACCCCCCAAAAGAGUGGCAUUGAGCACCUAUUCAAUCUCACCCUGACUUAUCGCCGUGACUCAGAUAUCCAAGUGCCUUAUGGCUUCUUGACGGUGAGCACAAACCCCUUCGUGUUUGAAGUGCCAAGCAAAGAGAAGUUAGUGUGCUGGGUUGUGAGUAACUGGAACCCUGAGCACGCCAGGGUCAAGUAUUACAAUGAGCUAAGCAAAAGUAUUGAAAUCCAUACCUAUGGGCAAGCAUUUGGAGAGUACGUGAAUGAUAAAAAUUUGAUCCCUACCAUAUCUACUUGCAAAUUUUACCUUUCCUUCGAAAACUCAAUCCACAAAGAUUACAUCACAGAAAAGCUCUACAAUGCUUUCCUGGCUGGCUCUGUGCCUGUUGUUCUGGGACCAUCUAGGGAAAACUAUGAAAAUUAUAUCCCAGCAGAUUCAUUCAUUCAUGUGGAAGAUUAUAACUCUCCAAGUGAGCUAGCGAAGUAUCUGAAGGAAGUCGACAAGAACAAUAAGUUAUACCUUAGCUACUUUAACUGGAGGAAAGAUUUCACAGUAAAUCUUCCACGAUUUUGGGAGUCACAUGCAUGCUUGGCUUGUGAUCACGUAAAAAGGCAUCAGGAAUAUAAAUCCGUUGGUAAUUUAGAGAAGUGGUUUUGGAAUUAG